CGAGCCGUUUUUAACCCUUUCUUUGAUGCCUUCUAAGGGAAAGAAUUCUCGUCUUUCCUAUUGGGCUGGCAUCUCAGGAGCGGGAGGGUUAACGGACUUACUGCUUUGGCUGCCUAAAAGUGCUAAAACCCUGCAACGCCACCCUUUGUGAAAGCGGCGCCACUCUCCUCGGGUUUCCUCCGGUUUCACUCUCCAGAGCAAGCUCGUCUUCUUCAGAGUGCCGGAUGGAAGAAAUGGAGUUGGAUGGUUUGAUUCCAUAUGUUGGGACGGUUAAUUCCAGUUCCGAAGUUGAACCAUGGGAGCACCAUCUGGAUCAAAUUCUGGUCAAGGUUAAUGAGUUGGAGAAAAGUGUCAACGAGAUUGAGCAAUUCUAUCAUGAUCAAAGUAAAAAGCAACCAAGCACCUCCAAAGGUAGCACACUAGGCAAGGACGAGAGGCAGAUUAACGGUCUCAAGAAGCUGCAACAGGAUGGUUGUAGUAGGGAAGCCACUGCAGCAAAGAGAAUGCAACAGCUUAUCAGUCAUUUUGGCGUAAUUCUCCGCCAGAUCACCCAGCACAAAUGGGCGGGGCCCUUCCUGCAACCUGUAGAUGUCAAGGCUCUUGGUUUGCAUGACUAUCAUAAAGUAAUUGACAAGCCAAUGGACUUCAGCACGAUUAAAAAGCAAAUGGAGGCCACUGAUGGUACAUCUUAUAAGAACGUCCGAGAGAUAUGUGCUGACAUGCGGCUGGUCUUCAAAAAUGCUAUGAAGUACAAUGAUGAAAAGAGCAAUAUUCAUGUCAUGGCCAAGACAUUGCUCCGAAAAUUUGAGGAGAAGUGGCUCCAACUACUUCCUAAAGUUACAGAGGAGGAAAAAAGACUAGAACAGGAAGAGGCAGAGGCACUGUUUGACAUGCAACUUGCUAAGGAAGCUGCUAAUGCCAGAAUGGCCAGAGAAAUAAGUAGUGAGCUUUACGAGGUUGAUAUGCAUCUGGAAAGGCUCAGGGCAAUUGUCAUCUCAAAGUGCAGGAAAAUCUCCACAGAUGAAAAAAGGAAAAUAGCGGCGGCCCUUGAUAAAUUGCCAGUGGAGGAUGUCGACAAGGCUUUGGAGAUUGUUGCUCAGUAUGAUUCAAGCUUCCAAUCAAAGGGUGAUCUUGUGGACCUUGAUCUAGAUGCUCAGAGCGAAUGCACAUUGUGGAAGUUGAAAUUUUUCGUUAAGGGCGCCCUUGAAGUUCAAGGAAAGAGUUCAACAGCUGUCGUUGUUGACAGCAACCACGAGCGCAGCAAUAACAACGGCGGCAACAACAACAGCAACAAGAAGAGGAAGAAGGAAAUAUGUAAUGCCAUUGCUAGGACCGCGAAGAAAAGGAGCGUGAAGCCCUCGUCCUAAACAUGCGGGAACCGUAAAAAGGAUUCCCAUUCCAUCUUUUUGGAGAGCUGCGCUAUUUCCCUUUUUGCGUGAAAUGCGUAUCAUUUUGUUUACGGACCAAUUAGACUUCAACUUUAUUAUGUACGUAUCACUCAGUAUGCACUAACACUUUUUUUCAGGCAUAUUCUUGAUCCUCGACCCGAGUUGUUA